UUGCCCCGCCAGGCGCUGCCGGGAGAGGGCGCGGCGCGAGGUUCGCGGCUGGCGUUCGAGUUGUUUGCUGGCUCCCCGGCGGCCAGACGCUCAGAGGGAACCCGGCCGGCUCGUGCUGCGCUGCCGGGAAGGAGCGCGCCCCGGGUCACGACGGCGCCCGCGACCCAAGCGCGGCCGGGACUGGCAUCAUGGACCCGAAGGCGGGCGGCGGCGGCGAGGAGGACGACUGCGUGGACUCGGGCGCCGAGACCGGAGGGUCCGACUACAGCCACCUGUCCUCCACCAGCAGUGAGCUUUCCGUGGAAGAGGCGCAGGACCCUUUCCUGGUCAGCAUCCACAUAAUCGCAGACCCAGGGGAGUCCCAGCCCCUGCAGGAGGCCAUCGACAAAGUCUUGGCGUGGAUCCACCCAGACCUCCCGCUGUUCCGGGUGUCUGAGAGGCGGGCGUGCCGGCGGCGGCGGAAGCCCCCCAAGGGCGCGCAGCCGGCGCUGGCCGUGGUGCUGUUCCUGCAGGAGGAGUACGGCGAGGAGCAGAUCCUGCAGUUGCAUCGCACGCUGCAGCAGCCGCCCUGGCGCCACCACCACACGGAGCGCGUGCACGGCCGGUUCCUGCCCUACCUGCCCUGCAGCCAAGACUUCUUCACGCUGGCCCCUGGGACGCCGCUGUGGGCCAUCCGGCCCGUGCACUACGGCAAGGAAAUCGUGCGCUUCACGGUGUACUGUCGCCAUGACAACUACGCGGACAGCCUCAGGUUCUACGAGCUGAUUCUCCGGAGAAGCCCCAGCCAGAAGAAAGUGGACUUCUGCAUCUUCCCUAUUUUCUCCAAUCUGGAUGUAGACAUCCAGUUUUCCCUGAAAAGACUGCCCUGUGACCAGAGCCCGGUGCCCACCGACUCGUCCGUGCUGGAGUUCCGAGUGAGGGACAUCGGUGAGCUCGUGCCUCUCCUGCCCAACCCUUGCAGCCCCAUCAGCGAGGGACGCUGGCAGACGGAGGACCACGAUGGGAACAAGAUCCUCUUGCAGGCACAAAGGGUACACAAGAAGUUUUCUAAACCUGGCAGAGCACUUCAUUCCUCCGAGAAGAAACGUCAUUCCACUCCUUUACCGAGCACUGCUAUACCAAGCCAUACAUCUGGCAGCAGCCAGCAGUCCCUGCUUGACAGUCCUCACCCGGGGCCCAUCCGAACGGGCCUGCCUCCUGGGCACCAGCAGGAAUUUGCCAGACGAGCCAACAGUACCCCCAACCCUCCCUGGUCUUUCCAGAGAAGCAAGUCCUUGUUUUGUUUGCCCACAGGAGGCCCCUCCCUGGCCGCCUCAGCGGAACCACAGUGGUUUUCAAACACAGGUGCCCCAGGGCACAGGGCAUCAGAACGGAGGCACGGCCACCUCCUCUCCAUUGAUGACCUAGAGGGGGCCCAGGAGACAGAUGUGGACACGGGCCUACGGCUGUCCUCCUCGGACCUAUCUGUGGUCUCUGCAUAUUCUGCCCCCAGUAGGUUCUGCAGCACAGUGGAGACACCCCUCCCCUCUGAAAGAUGCAGCAGCCACUGGGCAGCUCACAAGGACUCCAGGGACGGACCACUGCCCACUGUCAGCAGGGUGACCACAGAGGCCUCCUGGGCUUCCCUCCCUUUUUUCACCAAAAGGUCUUCCAGCUUGUCAGCAACAGCUAGUGCUGCUCCCCCAGCUCCCAGCGCCUCCCCCAUCACAGACCCCUCCCCACAGCUCCCAUGCGAUGCCCCUAGAGUCAAGCAGACUGAUGGAGCCGUGCCACCACCUGUAGGGUCAGCUGACCGGGGGGAUAAUGACCUGGAGGAAUUCUACAUCUGAAUGUCCUCUGCUGGCGUUCUCAAAACACACAAACUCAGGCCCCAGGGCCCCUCUGGCCUCUGAGCACACCGAAUUCUUCAUGAUCCAUUUCCCAGGAGCCCGUAACACAUUUGCCUACCACCCUUACCUGGGGGUGGUAUAUCUCUAGGAACACAGCAGAAAAAUACUGGAAUUUUUAUGCAAAUAAAUUCUCAACAAACUUAAGUCAUAAAAUAUGUUUUUUGAAUAUUCAGCAUUUGAGAUAUGGUUUAGUAGGUUUAUACAAUUUAAAUGGUUUAUAUAAUUAUUUGAAAUGAAAGAAAACCUAGUCAGCCAGAACCAAUUUGGCAAUUUUUCCAUGGUGUGAAGGAAAAUCAAUUAAGGCCAAAAUGUUGAAUGUGGGAGAGAUACUAAGUGACUUGUAUGAGGGAUUGCUGCAUAAUAACGUAAUGCACACCUUACUGGAUUCUCCAUAUAUUUACAUUACCAGAGAACAGUGGCCCCAGGAAUAUUUAAGCACUGCUUAUAAUGGAAAAAGUCAGCUUGGUAAGUAAACAUAUCUAAUUCCUCACUUUGAAGCCACACAACACCUGAAAAUCUGGAUUUAUACAAAAGUGGUUAAUGUAUUUUACAAAGAUUUAGCAUGAGUAACAGACUCCUGGUGCAUUUAAAAUAUGUGAGUUCCAGAAACUAGAUCUGCGUAUACCUUUUCACCAGCACAUUCACUGGAACGGAUGAGGGGCUUCAGAAGACCACUCUACUACCUGACUUUAUUUGGAUUGCUGAGGAAGAGUCAUUUGUUGGAAUUACAGACUUAUAGGCCAUUAAACAUCAUGGGUAGGUAGUCUUAAGAUUCUUCAACUUUCAAAAACCACAAUCUAAGAGCUAUAUUAAAAUGACAGGAGCCACACUGUAUACUGCUUUCUGCAGUGACCAUGCUGGGUCACACAUCCUGUGUUUCUCGUUUUUAAAUGAUUUGGAACAUUUUCACCAGCAUUUUGAGUGCACAGAUUAAUAAUGCCAUUCUCCCCAAAACGGGAAACUUUACAUGAAACGCUCUCCUGAACAAACACCAGUGCACUGCCAGCCUCACAUGACUGACUGCACGGGAGCUUUAAUUAACGCCGGAACUGGAGCCCAACGACCUUGGCUUUUCCUGCCUGUUAUCUGCUUCUGCCACGGCGUGAAUGGUAUUUGAAUCUCACCUCCCUGUCACCCCAGUAAGGGUAUGUUUGUUUACAGCUCCAACCUCAGCAAUGCCAAAUGCUGGCAUGGGGGGCAGUGCCAAGCUGUCCCUGGAUACUAUUUACUUUUGAGGAAGAAGAGCAUGGGUUUGCCAAGCUCAGUUCCCAGUCUGGUGCUCCUUGCUUGAAUUAAUCAUGGCACAGUGUUCAUCUCUCUGGAAACGCCCACACCAGCCCAGACGCAGCCUCAAAGCCCUUUCCAACACAACCCUCCAGGCAGCAGUUACGCAUCAUCAGCCUUAGCUGAAGCUUCAAGGCUUUCCCAUCCUGGUAAUGAGAGCCUUAGGUCUUGCCCUAAGCAUUCUGGACUCUCUAAUAUGCAGAAUUGUAAUAUUCUGCUCUAAUUUAAAAACAUGGUCUCCUCAUUCAGGACCAGGAGUAAACAAACUUUUUCUGAAAAGGGCUAGAUAAGUAUUUUAGGCUUUGCCAAUCAUACGGUCUCUGUUGCAGCUACUCAACUCUGCCACUGUAGUAUGAAAGCAGCCAUGGGUAAUAUGUAAAUUAAUAGGAGUGGCUGAGUUCCAAUAAAACUUUAUUUUUUUGAGAUGGAGUCUCUCUUUGUUGCCCAGGCUGGAGUGCAGCGGUGUGAUCUCAGCUCACUGUGACCUCUGCCUACUAGGUUCAAGCAAUUCUCCUGCCUCAGCCUCCCGAGUAGCUGGGAUUACAAGCGUGUGCCACCAUGUCCAGCUAAUUUUUUGUAUUUAUAGUAGAGACAGGGUUUCACCAUGUUGGCCAGGCUGGUCUUGAACUCCUGGCCUCAUGAUCCACCCACCUCGGCCUCCCAAAGUGCUGGGAUUGCAGGUGCGAGCCACCGCGCCUGGCCAGUAAAACUUUAUUUACAAGAACACCACCUAGUGGGCAAGAUUUGGCCCAAGGGUCAUAGUUUAUUAUCCCUUGAGUUAGGCUACUGCCGGAGGUUGAUUCAACAUCCCCAGCUCCAGUCAAGAAAAAUUCUGUCUCCCGCCCACUGCUGCUGUGGUGUGUCAUGCCAAGAAAAUGGGCUACUCAGGUCAGACUAAUAGCUACAGAAGCACAGGGCUCAGAACAGAAAGGAGCCUCUUUCUGCUGAGCUGAUUGCCAGAAAGCCACCAGCACUCCACCUCCUGCCCGUAAAUGUGACUCCUAGUCAAUAGUUGAUGACGAAAAGCAACCUGCAAACAUUAGGGAGGAGGAGAAAAAUAAUUCAGAGGUGAUGAUGCCGCCUCCAAUGAACAGGGAAGCAAGUUCAUCAGUAGCAAAAGUCAGUGAAGCAAAAACAAAUGGACUCACGGCCAAGGGCUGGCUCCUGGCUUCCUCCCUCAUCAAUGUCCUUAUUUCAGUGUGCUCACAUGCUCUCCUGGGACUGCUUUAGAGUGCAACUCUGGCCCCACUCUUUCCUAGUGACCUGCCCUCAUCACAGCCUCUAAUCUACCAAACUGAGUGAUCCCAAAGGACAUCAUAGACACCAUUUGAAAGCAAGAAAUGCAAAAUGUUCCCCUAGCAUCAGGUGAGCAGGGAGAGGACACCUACUGCAGACCACAUGGAAAUGGCAGUCACUCCACGGAGGGGGGAUCAGAGGAACACAUUUACCAAAGCCUUUCCUUCCACUUCUGUCCGUUCCAGUAGCAUCUUCCUCAUCCAGAAGGGCUCCCAAUACUCUCUGGAGGAUCCUGACUCAUUUGGAGUAUUAUCCUUCUGAAAGAUGCUGGCACAUUGCAGGUGCUCAAUAAAUGUGUUCAGUUGAAAA